AAAAUUAUAAUAUAAGUGGUUUUUUAUUGCUACUCAAGGAUUGAUUAGUGAUAAUAAUUAAGUUUCAGUUGCUUUUUUAUUUUCCGAAAAUAUUGAUACAGGAAAAAUAUCUAAUACUUACAUUGAUCAGCAACCUACCGUCAAGACAAAUAUACCUAUUAAUAAUUUAGUUUUAUAAAAACUGCAAUUAUUUGUGGGCCAUUAAUUACAUUACGAAAGAUGCAGUUAUCUUUGGAUCCAAGACGAGCAGAUCGGGAGCGUCACUACAAACCACCACCACCUACCUCUGCACCAGCUGAAGAUCUUACUACAGAUUAUAUGAACAUACUUGGUAUGGUAUUCUCAAUGUGUGGACUCAUGAUGCGGUUAAAGUGGUGUGCUUGGGCUGCCGUGUUUUGUUCCAGCGUAAGUUUUGCCAAUUCCCGGAUCACCGAUGAUACUAAACAGAUCAUCAGCUCUUUCAUGUUAUCUGUAUCAGCAGUUGUUAUGUCUUAUUUACAAAAUCCAGCUCCCAUGUCACCUCCAUGGGCCUCACUUAUAUCAUAGCCUAAUUGUGGUUAUGACUUUUUACUUUUAUGUUAUUAACUUAUUUGUUUAUUUGAAUAAAGAGUUUAUAGUCCAAUUCAACUUUAUUAAAAUGUUUAAAAUGUUAAUUUUGGAGAGCAUGUCAUUAAAAAUCUUAAACUGA